CACUUGCGAUAAGGUAGCUGCAAAGCAGGACUCUGUGUCCCAGCAGAAAUUGGUUUGUGAUAAAUCAAAUACAGUCCCCAUUAACUCUAGGAGAAGUUUUUUUUUUCAUUUGUCUUCACACAACAUUAUAUUUCAAAAACACAAUUAAAAAAAAAUUACGGAAAUGAGUGAUUCCGAUGAUUGGGAAGUCGAAUAUGAUCGUGAACUAGCCAAAGAAACGAUUCAGUUAACAAAGAAUAAUGGUGCAACGACUAAAAAAAUUGUAGAUAAUGGUAAAGAUCAAAUAUACAAAACCUUAAAACCUCAAAACCAUAUCUCCGAUAAGGUGAAAGAUGAUGCAGACAUGCGUCGAUAUCAUGAAAGUUUGAACACCAAAGCUGAAGUAGAAUUGUUUGGUUAUUUACUUGAUGGUUGUGAUAUGAAUCCAGCACCCGACUCUAAUAUCAAUACAAAUGAAGCUAAGACAUUACCAUUACUUAUUUCUAGUACUGACGCAUUUGUUGCGUUAAGAAAUACUACUACUGUUCUCAAAUCGUAUACGGAUGUUAAAAAUUUAGCACUAGCAUUAAGACCGAUGAUAGAUCGAAGCCCAGCUAAAAGUGUUGCUUGGCUUGAACUUUUCACUCAAUUGUUAGACGCGUGUUGUUUUAAAAUGGAAGGAAAAGAUCUCAAAACGCUUGGUAAAAAAUUUAAUGAUGCCGCCACAACACAAAAUGUCACUCGUCGUGUUGUACAACAAACUAAGCGCAAAGUGAACAGUUCUUGCAAUGUUAAAAAUUAUAAAGAAGAAUUGGAUAUUUUCUAUGGAGACAAUUCUAAUAGCGAUGAACCAACAGAAGAGGACGAAUCCGAUGGAUUUAUGUAAUGUUGGAGAGAGCAAAAAUCUCUCUCAAUGUUACCUCUUUAUAUAUACUCUUUCCCUUCUUUCUGACCGCGUUCAAAUGUUUUUUUUAUGCAAAUGCUUAUCCUCUCAUUAGUUAUUAAUUUUUUUGGUAUUUUAAUUAAAGGUUUCUAUACUGAUAAAACGAAUUUUUGAACGUUCUUAACACAAAACUAGGGUGCGACAAAUUUCAAAA